GGACGGUUCUUCGGAAACAGCUCGUCAACAACCUCGGUAGCUUGAUAGCCAACAUAGCCGAAAUAUUCAAGCUAUUUAUACGCUUUCGGUGUAUAUUAGCUACUGUGUUUUAGACACAGUUCUGUCGUAUCUACUUGUUAACCUAUUUAAUUUAAUAUUAACUUUACAUUAUUUUGUAUCAGUCAGCUAUAGUAGCUGGCUGGUUAAGUUAGCAUUAGCCUAGUCGCUAAUGAUAUCUAGCUAGCUAACAUCCCCGAACAUGAGCUCCCUAAACAUCUCCCCUCCUGUUAAAGAAGAGGAGGUCUGCUGGACGGAGAAAGAAGCUCUGGGGCUGAACAUUGUCGUGAAAGAGGAGAAGGAAGAAGAGGAUGUCACAGUAAAACAAGAAGAAGAGGGUGAGGCUGUUACUGUGAAAAAAGAAGAGAAAGACGUUACAGUGAAAGAAGAGGAAGAGAAAGAGGAGGAUGUCGUUUUUGGAGUGAAGAUGGAAGGGGAGAUUACUGUCACAUUGAAAGAUGAAGAGGUGGAGAUAGGAGAUCUGAUUAACACCAGAGAGAGACGGGACUACCGUGGGUCAUCUGGGAAGCCUCAACAACCUCAUGAUGCUGACGAGGCAGAGAAGAGUCUCUACAGAUCAGAACACGUCAAGAAACAGCAGCAGAGAUCCACAGGGAAGGGAACUCACUGCUGCUCUGACUGUGGGAAGAGAUUCACCUCAUCAGGCAUUAAAAUUCAUCAGAGAAUCCACACAGGAGGGAAAUCUUACAGCUGUGAUCAAUGUGGGAAGAGUUUUGUUCAAUACAGCCAUCUGAAGAUACACCAGAGAACACACACAGGAGAGAAAUCUUAUAGCUGUACUCAAUGUGGUAAGAGUUUUAGUCAUUCAACCAGCCUGAUACCACACCAGAGAACACACACAGGAGAUAAUCCUUAUAGCUGUGAUGAAUGUGGGAAGAUUUUUACUACAUCUAGAAAUCUGACUCUACACCAGAGCAUACACACAAGAGAGAAAUCUUUUAGCUGUACUCAAUGUGGGAAGUGUUUUCUUCAAUAUAGCCAUCUGAAAAUACACCAGAGAACACACACAGGAGAGAAACCUUUUAGCUGUACUGAAUGUGGGAAGAGUUUUAGUCAUUCAACCAGCCUGAUAUCACACCAGAGAACACACACAGGAGAAAAACCUUAUAGCUGUGAUCAAUGUGGGAAGAGAUUUACUCAGCUAAGCAUCCUGAUAUCACACCAGAGAACACACACAGGCGAGAGACCUUAUAGCUGUUCUCAAUGUGGGAAGAGUUUUACUCAGCUAAGCAACCUGAUUUCACACCAGAGAACACACACAGGAGAGAAACCUUUUAGCUGUGAUGAAUGUGGGAAGAUUUUUACUACAUAUAGAAAUCUGACUCGACACCAGAGAAUACACACAGGAGAAAAACCUUUUAGCUGUACUCACUGUGGGAAGAGUUUUACUCAGCAAAGCAACCUGAUAUCACACCAGAGAACACACACAGGAGAGAAACCCUAUAGCUGUGAUCAAUGUGGGAAGAGUUUUACUCAGCUAAGCAACCUAAUAUCACACCAGAGAACACACACAGGAGAGAAACCCUAUAGCUGUGGUCAAUGUGGGAAGAGUUUUGCUACAUCUGGGCAGCUGACUAUACACCAGAGAACACACACAGGAGAGACAUUCUGUAGCUGAAAUACAUGUGGGAAGAGUUUUAGUCAGUCCAACAGCCUGGUACAACACCAGAGAACACACACAGGAGAAACCUCUUAGCUUUGACCAGAGAUAAUCUGAUAAAAGAUUUCAGAUCAAAUAUCAGAAAGUACAUACAGGAAGGAGUUGUUUCAUGAUAUCAAUGGAUUACUGUCAAUGUUUUAACAUUGUACUAGGAGUAUUUCAAUCAUGUCACAAUGUAGAAGCCUAAAUUUUUGCCCCCUUAUCAAUUGAUAUCAACAUGAUAUGGAUAUUAGCGUUCGGGGGAAAAAUCCAGAAUUGAAAGUUGUGUUGAGUUGUGUUACACUUACCACGUUGGUGACCCACUGCAGUUUAUAAGGAGCUUGCUUAAAAAAUACAAAUAACAUGAUUAUUGUGGCAGAUGUUUGUGUAUAUAGCACAUGUUAUGUUUAGGUUUUCAAUUUAUCCCAAACUGUUUCUGCGUAUUGGUUAUUGAUUUGGACACAUUAACACUGUUUUGACAUCGGGCUUUCCCACCGAGCAAAAUGUAAUUGAAAAGACGUUCAAAAGAAGACUAUGCCCGAGGUCCAAUAUACGUUCGGUUGAAAAUAUGUAUUUUGGGGUAAUUUCUUUCAAUGACUUGAAAAUAACUUAAUUUCAACUAACUUGCAGGUAUCCUAGUGGUUAGAGUGUUGGGCCGUCAUUGUAAGCCAGAAUUUGUUCUUCACUGACUUAUUUACAAUGACGGCCUACCAGAGAGCAGUGGGUUAACUGCCUUAUUUAGGUGCAGAAUGACAGAUUUUUACCUUGUCAGCUCGGGAUCCAGUCCAGCAACCUUUCGGUUCCUGUUAAAUGAAGGUUAAAAUAAAUAAAUAAAUACACAUGGACACAGUAUAAUAAAUUGGUCUAUAUUCAAUUUUAUUAACCAUCUUUCAUCACUCCAGUAUUUCUUGACAACAUUCAAUUGCUAAUUGUCUUUAUUCCACUACUGAAGACGCAUGUCUCAAAUCACCUCAUAUUUCAAACAUUCAGCCUGACAAAAGAUACAUGUUUUAUUAUUCAAUGCCUGACAAUUAAGUGAAUUAAUGCCAAUACAUAUUAACAAAGGGGUGUACAUUUGAUCACAAUUUAUUGUGACUGCACGUUUUUCUGUAUUGGAGAUGGGUUUUGUUUGGACUCAUUCCAAGUGGACUAGAAGCUCGUGAGGUUUAGGAAGAUGAGAGUUCUAGAAGCUAGUGAGUUUUAGGAUUCUAUAGAAAAAAAAUGAGAAAAUGGUAUAUUAUUAUUUAGAAAUGUUUUUUUUCUUGUUUUUAAUUGUUGACAGCCAGUAGACGCCGUGUUUAUAUUGGUGAAGGUGAAGCAUUGUAGUUGAUUAUAAUGUGAAAUGGAAGUUUUUGGUGGUAAGCAAACUUGUCCAACAAAAAUAUAGGAUAUAUUUGUUGUCUUAAGGCGGAAGGUGUUACAGGCUUUGGUUUUUCCAUUUAUGUUUUGAGGUUGGACUUUAGCAUGUAGGACGAACUGAUUGGUGCCACCUCGUUAGUCAGUAUGUGUUUGACCUGUACUGGCUUGUCCAUCUCGUUAGUGGGAAGGUGUUUCACCUGAGCUGGUCCAGGUUCUAUUUAAGAUUGUCUGGCCCCGUACUCCAGUUGUCUAGAUAGAUGUGGAGAGUCAACACCUUCAGUUGCUCCACCGUUUCCUAUUAACCUCUUCCUCCUACCCCCUAAUUUUUCGAACAUUCUGUUAAAAAUCGCGCAACAUUUCAGCGCCCUGCUACUCAUGCCAGGA